UCGUAUCUAGGUUUGCCGAGCACAGUCAUUAACACCCAACAGUUUCAAAAGAUACAGCUCGUUCCCACGCCGACGGUCGCCCCCGCCAACUCAGCGGUCGUCAACGGCAACGAAACCACGUUCCAUCAGUUCCAUAUCCUGCCUCCUCCGCCUCCUCCUCCUCCACAUAUCCAUCAGCCACUGCUUCCACUAUUCACUUCCUUUGGCUAUAACAGGUCGCCCGUGACGACCCCGGGGGACACACCCACCACCCCCCCAGGUUGUCGCGGCUCAGAAGCCACCCCUCACGGUUCCCCCACCCGGUCCCGCGGCCCCCAAGGCAGCUCCAGCGAGGAGAUAUGGGUGCUGCGCAAGCCUGGGCCAGGUGGAGACCGUAGUAGCGUGGGGAGCUCUGGCAGCGUGACCAGUGUGAGGUCAUCAGGGAGUGGUCAGAGUGCCGGGAGCUCCACCCACAUUCUCAACGCGCAGGCCGAGGGGGUUAAGCUCCUGGCGACAGUGCUGUCUCAGUCUGCCAAAGCCAAAGAGCACCUGCUGGAACAGUCCAAGUCUGUAGAGCUAUCUACAGGCUCCGCCUCUGCCUCUAGACAGUCGAGCCAAUCAGGAUGCCCGCUCCACGAAGCUCCACCCUAUGACGCCACGGCAACCUGGAAGGGGGAGGGGCAAGGCGAGGGGAAGAGCUCUGAGGCUGUUGUCCAAUGGCUGAGUGACUCUCAGCUGCAGGUCUACGCUCCAAACUUCAUCAGCGCCGGGUAUGACAUAGCCACCAUUAGCAGAAUGACCCCAGAGGAUCUCACGGCCAUCGGAGUGACCAAACCAGGCCACCGAAAGAAGAUGACAUCAGAGAUCAACAAACUCAGCGUCACCGAGUGGCUCCCUGACCAGAAACCUUCCAGUCUGGCAGAGUGGUUGUCAGCGAUAGGGCUGAGUCAGUACCAGCAGGUUCUGGUGCAGAACGGAUAUGAAAACAUCGACUUCAUCACAGAUAUCACCUGGGAAGACCUGCAGGAGAUAGGCAUCACCAAGCUGGGCCACCAGAAGAAGCUGAUGCUAGCUGUGAAGCGAUUGGCUGAGAUGCAACGUGGCUCUGAGGAGCGAAGCUCCACCAGGAAGAAGCCUCCACCAAUCACACAGCAGCAGGAAGUGAUGUCCACAGAGAACGUGCCCCCUGACAACGAAGUCGUCACUUCUCCCAAGUUGUGCACCUUCCAGGACAGCGAGUUGAGCCCCGAGCUGCAGACAGCGCUGAUCCAGCCUAGCCCAGAGGUCAAGGGUCAGAGGACCCGCAGCCUCAGCAAGGACCCCGAGGAGGGAGUAGGGUCAGGGGGUAGAGGAGGAGGAGGAGGAGUGCCCCCUAAGAAGGAGGCUCGAACCAUGAGGCAGACCAGCCAGGGGAGCCAGAGGGGCAGCGCCUCAUCCAAACCUCGCCCGCCCUCUCACGCCCACUCAAUGCCGGCACCCCCUUACACUCCCCCUCACACCCCAACCAAGAAACCCCUGCACUCCUCCACCUCCGCCCCGGGCCCCUCACCGCAGGCCAAACCCAAAUCCUCCCCACAGCUAAUACAAGGAGAGAGGCCUGGCUCCCCCCGCUCUCACCCCCAGUCCACCACACAUCGCGGGACUUCCAACAGCCAGACUCAGCCCCAGCCUGGUCCUCAGCCCCAGCCUGGUCCUCAGCCCCAGCAGCAACCCACACCUACUCCCCAAUCUCAGCCUACAGCCCAGCCGAUGGAGGAAGAGGAGAGGGAGAAGGAGAGGGGGGUUGAGAGGGAAAAAGAGAGGGGGAUUGAGAGGGAGAAAGAGAGGGGGAUUGAGAGGGAAAAAGAGAGGGGGAUUGAGAGGGAAAAGGAGAGGGGGAUUGAGAGGGAGAAGGAGAGGGGGAUUGAGAAGGAGAAAGAGAGCACCCUCCAGCGGCAGCCCAGCCCCCAGGUGUCUGUUCCCCUCCUGUGCCUGCCUCCGGAGGCUGAGGGGGGAGACGGGGGAGAGAUGGGUGAGGCCCUCCUUAAGAAGCGAGCUAACAGUCUGAAUCGCUACGCCGGGUCUGACGGGGAGGUGGAGGAGAGGGGGGGUGGAGGUGCGGGGGCGGGGACAGGAGUGGCCCCUCCAGGGAGGCUAGCAGGGGGCGGUACAGGAGGUACAGGUAAAUACGCCACGGUGACUCACCGGGUCAGCCGCAGCCACUCCGUACGCAACCAGGACAAGAACGUCAACCGCAGCCAAUCACAGUCCACCGCCCUGCGUCCCAAGAAGAAAGGCCCGCCCCCUCCGCCUCCCAAACGCUCCAGCUCAGCGAUCUCGAACUCCAACCUCACCGACACACACACUCUGACACACACGGCGGACGGGCUGCUGGGCGUGCCCUACAACCCCCAGCGGCGGGCCAGCGACCUGGGUGUAUCCGUGGAGACGGCCGUCGUGGAUACGGGGAGCGCGGGCAGCGUGAGGAGCAUAGCGGCCAUGUUGGAAAUGUCCUCCAUCGGGGGUGGGGCCAAGGGCGUGGCUACACAGAGAAACUUCCUACAGCAGCGGGAUGCCAUUGGUCUGGACGGGGAGGUGGUGAACCGUCGUAGGACCAUCAGUGGUCCUGUUACUGAGCUGGUCGCCGCAGCGAGGAGGGACAGACCUACCCCCGCGCCCCUGUCUACCGCACCCCAACCUUCUACACCCCAGCUGCCCUCCUCCCCUCGCUCCCCCUCCUCCCCUCACCCCUCGUCUCCUCACACCCCUUCUUCCGGUAGUUCGGCUGAGAGCCUUCCGUUUGCUGCUGAGAGGAAACAGACUACGAAGAGGCAGAGAGGAGAGGAAGAGGAAGAAGCAGAAACAGAGGGCGACGGUGAUGGAGACGGUCUCCAUGGAGACGGCGUGUUCUCCCUUCCUCAGGAUGAGCUGUCCCGGGUCGACGCCACGGCAACCCUGAAACGGCGUCCCCGCUGCAACAAGCCCCACCCCAACGGGUCCCGUUUCACCCUGACGGAGUCUUCCACCGUCAAGCGGCGUCCCAAGAGCAGAGACAAGGAGCCCGAGGGCUUCUCAGAGAGCGGCAUCGCAGACAUCACCGGGACCUCCAACACGUGGGCCGCUGACACCGGGGCCGCUAACACCGGGGCCGUUACCGGGCCGGAGCCGGGGCCAGCCGUACCGUACGAGAACGGCACCGCCACCGUUAAACGCCGGCCGGUGUAUGAGAUGGGAGAGGCGGAGCCUAGUCCGAUCCAGGCUACGCCUCCUCUCAGGGACAGCUCAGACCUGAGAGGACCAGGGGUGGUGGCGGGAGGAGAAGGGGGAGGAGCGGUGACCCCUGUGAGGAAACCCAAACCCCCUGUCUCCCCCAAACCUGUCCUGGCUCAGAUGAGGAGACAGUCCUCCUCUAGAAGAGUACCCCUGCCUGGACCAGGCACCCCCGGCAGCCCAGUUGAAGGAAAGAAGAUUCCUCCCCCAGUCUCCCCCAAACCGGCUCCUCCCCCCACAGCCCCUAAACCAACCAAACACCUCCACUCUAUAACCACACCCACCUCCCCCCCCUCCUCCUCCUCCCCCAACCCCACAGCCAAACCCCCCACCCCUCCCGCUCAGAGUCCCCACACCCCCCUCACCCCCCAGAGUCCCCACACCCCCCUCACCCCCACCCCUCCACCUAUCAAACCCCCCCGCUCCUCCAUCGGUGGCGUGUCCGUGGACAUGGGGACGGUGGCGGCGGUCAGCGUGGCGAUGUCAGAGGCGGAGUCUGUGCAUCAGAAGCUGGAGGAGACGAGCGCGUCGUUGGCUGCUGCCUUGAAGGCUGUAGAGGACAAGAUACGAGAGGAACAGGAUUGGGUUGCAGAGGAGAAGACGACGGUCAGUAUCCUUGACGACAUCGGCAGCAUGUUUGACGACCUGGCCGACCAGCUGGACGCCAUGUUGGAGUAACCGUGACAACAGCUGUCCGUCCCCGCGGCAACGCAGCCAGCCUCGGAACUUCCUCCUUCCGUCCGCAGGCACAGCGCUCCUCUCCUCUCUCUCUCCAUCCUCCUCCUGUCUGCUCUCUCCACUAAAAGGACAGAGGGGACCCCUCCAUUACAGAGGAGCACUCUUGUCCACAAGGCCCGUGACGCUAGGCUUGUCCCGUCACUGCUUAACAAAACAGUUACAGCCCCAUGUGAUGAAUUGUAGUUAUGGUAUGUGAUGUGUACAUUGUCAGCAUGAAGAGGGUUUAUAUUUACAGAAAACAGGCUCCUCUCUGAGGGAGAGUCAUGCAUUAGUCCAGUCAUAUUAUAAAUAUAUAUAUAUAAAAUAUAAAUAUAUAGAUA